GGAGACCACUGCCUCUAAAAUGAGUCUCUCUGGGGAGAGAGAGGGGGGGACCACUGCCUCUAAAAUGAGUCUCUCUGGGGAGAGAGAGGAGGGGACCACUGCCUCUAAAAUGACUCAAGACACCAGUUCUAAGAGUGUCCAGAAGCCCAGAGCAGUGUCACCUACAACCAGCCUGCUAUCAAUGAAGAGUGAUCAGCCACCUGCUUUCAGCCAGGAACCAUUACCAGAUGACAAUAAGGAAGUGGAGAGUUUGGACAGUGUGGAUGUAUUAAAGAUCACACACAACCUUCUGGACAGAAGAAGUCAAACUCUGCUGACAGUCCAACAAGACAUUAAGGCUAAACUGAAACACAAGUAUCAACACAUAUCUGAAGGAAUUGGACUCCAUGGAAACCAAAGUCUGUUAAAGGACAUCUACACAGAGCUCUACAUCACAGAGGGUGGAAGUGGAGGGCUCAAUAAUGAACAUGAGGUUAGACAGAUAGAGAUGGCAUCCAAAAAACAAACCACACAAGAGACAUCAAUCAAAUGCAACGACAUCUUCAAGACGUUACCUGUACAAGACAAACCUAUCAGAACUGUGCUGACCAAAGGAAUCGCAGGCAUUGGAAAAACAGUCUCUGUGCAGAAGGUCAUCCUUGACUGGGCAGAGGGAAAAGCAAAUCAGGACGUUCUUUUCAUGUUUCCUCUUCCUUUCCGUGAUCUGAACCUGAAAAAGGACCAAUACAGUCUGAUGCAACUUCUUUCACACUACUUCCCAGAGCUGAAAGAGAUUGACAGCAUUGAAGAUGGUGAAACCAAAACUGUUUUCAUUUUUGAUGGUCUGGAUGAGUGUCGACUUCCUCUAGACUUCAAAAACAAUGAGAAGUGCUGUGAUGUCACGAAGCCAACCUCAGUGGACGUGCUGCUGACAAACCUCAUCAAGGGGAAUCUGCUUCCCUCUGCUCUCCUCUGGAUAACCACACGGCCUGCAGCAGCCAAUCAGAUCUCUCCUGAGUGUGUUGACCAGGUGACAGAGGUACGAGGGUUCAAUGAUCCACAGAAGGAGGAGUACUUCAGGAAGAAAAUCACAGAUCAGAAUCUGACCAAUGAAAUCAUCAAACACAUGAAGACAUCAAGGAGCCUCCACAUCAUGUGCCACAUGCCAGUGUUCUGUUGGAUAUCAGCCACUGUCCUUGAGAUGAUGCUGAACGAGGCAGAGAAGGAUGAAGUCCCCAAAACUCUGACACAGAUGUACUCACACUUCAUGCUCAUCCAAAUCAUUGUGAAGAACAGGAAGUACAACAAAGCCACAGAGACAAGCCCAAAGGAACUGUCUCAGUCAGACAAAGAGAUGAUCCUGAAACUGGCAAAGCUGGCUUUCCAACAGCUGCAGAAGGGCAACCUGAUCUUCUAUGAGGAGGACCUGAGAGAGUGUGGCCUUGACGUCACAGAGGCAUCAGAGUACUCAGCAUUGUGUACAGAGAUCUUUAAAGAAGAAUCUGGGCUGUACCAAGACAAGGUCUACAGCUUUGUGCAUCUGAGCAUUCAGGAGUUUCUAGCAGCAGUGCAUGCUUUAGAAUCAUGUCUGGGCAAGAAGGAAAAUGUUUUCUCCCCUACUAGUGAUGGUGAAGAGAAGGAGUCAAUCCAGUUGUCUGACUUACACAGGAGAGCAGUGGACCAGGCUUUGAAGAGUAAGAAUGGACACCUGGACCUGUUCCUCCGCUUCCUUCUGGGUCUCUCACUGGAGUCCAAUCAGAAUCUGUUACGAGGCCUUCUGACACAGACAGGAAGUACCACACGGAGCAAUAAGAAAACAGUUGAGAGAACAGUCAGGUACCUUUCAGACAUCAUCGAGGAGGAAUCCUCACCAGAAAGGAUCAUCAACUUGUUCCACUGCCUGAAUGAACUUGGUUCCAACUCUCUAGUUGAAGACAUGCAGACCUCCCUACGAUCAGGAACUCUUUCAGAAACAAGACUAAAACCUGACCAAUGUUCAGCCCUGGCCUACCUGUUACUGAUGUCAGAGGAGGUGCUGGAGGAGUUUGACCUGAAGACAUACAACACAACAGAGGAAGGUUAUCAGAGGUUGCUGCCGGUAGUGAGAACCUGCAAGAGAGCACUACUGGAUCACUGUGAACUCACAUAUAAAUCCUGUGAGACUCUGGCCUCAGCUCUGCAGACACCAAACUCCCCCAUGAGAGAACUGGACCUCAGCUUCAAUGACCUGGGAGACAGAGGAGUGGAGCUGCUCUGUUUUGGAGUAACCAGUCCACUCUGCAACAUACAGACACUAGUUCUAGGUCAGUGUGGUCUGACAGAGGGUUGCUGUUCAGAUCUGACCUCAGUCCUGAGUUCACCCAACUCACAACUGAAACAACUGGAGCUGAGAGACAAUAACCUGCAGGACUCAGGAGUUACACUGCUGUCUGCUGGACUGGAGGAUCCAGACUGUAAACUACACACACUGGGUCUUGGUCAGUGUGGUCUGACAGAGGGUUGCUGUUCAGAUCUGGCCUCAGUCCUGAGUUCACCCAACUCACAACUGAAACAACUGGAGCUGAGAGACAAUGACCUGCAGGACUCAGGAGUUACACUGCUGUCUGCUGGACUGGAGGAUCCAGACUGUAAACUACACACACUGGGGCUGUCUGGCUGUCUGGUCACAGAGGAGGGCUGUGCUGCUCUGUCUUCAGCUCUGAGGUCAAACCCCUCCCACCUGAAAGAGCUGGACCUGAGCUACAAUCACCCAGGAGACUCUGCAGGGGGACUGCUUUCAGCUGCUCUGAUGGAUCCCACAUAUAAACUGAUGAAGCUGAAUGUGGAUCAUGGUGGAGAGUGCAGGCUGAUAUCAGGGCUGAGGAAAUAUGCCUGUCAUCUCACCCUGGACCCAAAUACAGCAAACCCACACCUGAUACUGUCUGAGGGGAACAGGAAGGUGACACGGGUGGUGGAGGACCAGCAUUAUGAAGACCAUCCAGACAGAUUUGAUUGUCUUCUCCAAGUUCUCUGCAGAGAAGGCUUAUCUGGGUGUCGGUAUUACUGGGAGGUGGAGAUGGAUGGUACCGGGGCUGUCAUUGGUGUGGUGUACAAAGGAAUGAAGAGGAAGGGAAGGGGGGUUGACAGUGACAUUGGAGGCAAUAAGAAGUCCUGGUGUUUAUACUGCUCUCAUAGUGGUUAUUGCUUUUACCAUCCUGGAGUCUGUUGCAGAUCCAUCCCUGGUCCUGUUUCUAACAGAGUUGGAGUGUAUCUGGACUGGUCAGCUGGUACUUUGUCCUUAUAUAGUGUGUCCUCCUCUGGUACACUGACACACCUUUACACAGAACACACCACAUUCACUGAACCCCUCUAUCCUGGGUUUGGUGUUUCCUCCUCCUCAGUGACCUCAGUGACCCUGCGUCAGAUAGAUGACCAACACACUCAAAGAAAUAGAACUACAGACCAUGGCGGAGAGAGUUGUAUCAAGCCUGGACCUGAGGACACCAGAGACCAUGGUGGAGAGAGUUGUAUCAAGCCUGGACCUGAGGACACCAGAGACCAUGGUGGAGAGAGUUGUAUCAAGCCUGGACCUGAGGACACCAGAGACCAUGGUGGAGAGUGUUGGAUCAAGCCUGGACCUGAGAAAUUGAUUCCUCAGAGCUGUAAGACUUGUGACCAUGUUAAGGACUCCACACACUGGCUUCAGAUUGAACCCUUGACUUCCACUGUCCAGGGAGUGACAAUGUUCAGCCACAGGACACCCAAAGGGAGUUAUGAGUGCACAGUGUCUGGGCUCCGCUGGCUGUGUGAGAGAGAUGUAAUUCUGAAGUAUCACUUCAGGAACUGGGAACCCUACAGUCAACUUCUGAAAGACAUGCAGUACACACAAGGUGGUCCAUUGCUGGACAUCACUAUGGAGUUAGGUGAACUGGAGGAAGUUCAUCUGCCACACUUUGUCUGUUUAGGGACCAACCCUUCCCUGAGGAAUGAGAUGAAGAUUCUUCAUGUAGAGGAACAUGGAGUGUCUUUAGAGGAAGUGCAUGAGGUCACCAGAUUCCAUGCUAAGAUUCUCCAUCCCAAGUUCUCAGCUAUCUCUGUUAUACUGAGCUAUAUCUUUUCUUGGAUCGUAGAUGUCCACUGUGAUGUGGUCCUCUACAUGGCAGUAAAAAAGUCAACAUUAAUUUCAAGGCUGUACCUGCUCCUCAGAAACUCCAGUCAGAAAGAGGCUGUUCGGGAACGGGAGAAAGAUCAGGUGUCCCAAGGAUAUUCAGAAUUUCUCCUGUCAAGUCCAAACGGGCCCUUAAAGAUGAACACUUGGUUUGCACUCAAGAAUCCCCGCUCCACUUCCAUCUAUCCAGAGAAGAUUCAGCUGUUACCUGCAAACACCACACCAAACUGUUGUAAGAUGAUAAUGGGAAACACAGGGGUGGACAUUGAGAUGGAGUUAAUCGGGGAUGAUGAGAGGACAGUAUGGAAAUCAGUGGUAUCAAAAGAUGAAUACAGCAAAGACUCUCAUCCAACACCAUUAACACUCCCUGGGAUUCCUGCUGAGGAGUUUCUUCAGAAACACAGGGCUGAACUCAUUCAGGGAGUCAAAAACCCAAAGCCAAUAGCAGAUGUUCUGCGGUCAAAGUACAUGAUUGGUGAAGAAGAGUACUCCAGAAUAACAGCUGAAACAACUGAACAGGAGCGAAUGAGAGAACUACUGAAUGCAGUCCUCCCUAAAGGACCAGAAGUGAUGGGAGCUUGUCUCAAAGCUCUCAGUGAACAUGAACACCAUCUUGUUAAGUACUUGAGUGAAUCUAGCACCUAAUCUGAAGAUGCUGAGGCCUGUCUCCUAGUCUGUGGACAAAGACACUUCUCCACCUAAUCUGAAGAUGCUGAGGCCUGUCUUCCUAGUCGGUGGACAAAGACCCUAAGUCAAACGGGGCAGCGGAUAUGAGGGUUUAAGUCAGACUGCUCAUAACAGCGCCACCUAUAGGCCAAUCGGCGCCAUUAUUUUUUUAACAAAGUUACUCCAGUUUCUGUGUGCCAAAUUAGAAAAAGAGUAAUCAAUUUAUGCUCGAGUGAAAACAAUCCAAGAAUAACAAUAGGGGUUCUAUUUUAACAAAUAUUUCUACUAUUUUCAGAACCAGAAUUAUGGGCCCAGUAGGUGGCGGUGGUGCUAAGGGGAUGAAUACAUUAUUUGGAGGUGUGAGGAGGACUUGGCCAAUCAACUCAGUUCACUGGCCAAUCAACUCAGUUCACUGGCCAAUCAACUCAGUUCAUGGCUUAAUACUGUAUGCCGUUGUCUCACGUUCUACAGGGCUCCCGAGUGGAGCAGAGGUCUAAGGUGUCACUACAGAACCUGGUUCGAUUCCAGGCUGUAUCACAACCAGGCCGUGAUUGGAUGUUCCAUAGGGUGACGCACAAUUGGCCCGAGUGUCGUCCAGGUUAGGAUUUGGCCGGGUUAGGCCGUCAUAGUAAAAUAAGAAUUUGUUCUUAACUGACUUGCCUAGUUAAAUAAAGGUUCAAUCAAUCAAAUCAAAUAUAAACGGCAUUUGUGUUGUCAUCAACUCCAAUCAAUUCGGCUGGGGGCAUGGAAUAUUCUCAUCCUAGUCCAUACAUUGUGGAUUGAUACUACAGUUUAUUAAAUAUAAUAGGCUACAACACCAGUAAAAAACAACCAUAUUGACAGUCAACAUUGUUGAAAUUUGCUUCAAUGAGUACAGGCCUUUGUCUUUAUGUACCAAGUUUAGUUGUGUUUCCACUUGACACUGCAGAAAUAUGUAUUGUUCAUUUUUAGGUAUUGCUAUUGGUUGGUUCAAGUCACAUGUCAAUAAGGUGUUAUGCCAUUGGUCAUGCUGUCAGAUGGGGGAAGAUAACGGAGGUAAAUGUCUUCCCAGUCUGAUAUUGACAUGCCAACGAAUCUGCAGCCAUCAACGACAACGAGCAUGGUCAUCUGAUGUGCUUCCUGUCUGUGGAGAAUAAAAUACAGAUCAACUGGCA